AUGUCCUCCUCCACACCUCAACAGCAGCUCAUAGCCUACAUUCACCAUGAGCGUCAAGAGCCUGGGAGCAUGCUGUGCGCUCAGCACGCGCUCAACGCACUCCUUCAAGGGCAAUACUACGAUGCGUCGCAGCUCGCUCAGAUUGCCGCCGAGCUCGACCACCUCGAGGCUUCCGAGCUGGGUCUCAGCGCGGCCGACAUCGCCUCGCGCGAUAGAUCCAGUCUCAACAUGGACGACACAGGCUUCUUCAGCGCCUCGGUGCUCGAACGUGCGCUUCAAGUUUGGGGUAUCUCGAUCAGCAACUGGCGCUCCGCCGAGAUGAGGUCCAGGCACAACGCACCAGAGCAGGAGAAGGCCUUCGUUCUCAACCUCGACAGUCACUGGUUCACCAUCCGCUCCUUUGGCAGCUCCAGCAAGUUUUGGUACAAUCUCAACUCCUUCCUACCCGAGCCCAGCUGGAUCGGCAACAACUACCUCGGAACGCUGCUCCAUACCGCCGAAUCCGAGGGCUACUCGGUCUUUGUCGUCCAGGCCUCGGAAGGGAGUGCUGGCCAGGGCCUGCGAGAGUCUGACGCGGAUCAGAUUGCCGAUCAUCUUCCGCCACCUGGAGCUGCAGGCAGCACGGCCUCGUCCGCCACACAAGCCCUCGGCCUGCGUCCCGAGUCCAAUGCAAAAGCCUCGAGCAGCUCUACACUCAACACACAAAUGGCAAACAACGCGUUGGGCGAUUUCGGCUUCGAUGACGACGAAGAAGAUCCGGAGCUCCAGGCUGCCCUGAGGGCCAGUCUGGCACAAUCACCCGCCGCCUCAAAGGAUGCUCCGGACACUCCGAGCCGAUCUCGCGUUCGUCCCGUACGAACCGCGACUGACGACGACUUCUCAGGCGGCAACGGCUCCAUGAUUGAGACUGAUGCGGACAUCGACGCCAUCGCCCCUUCUCGAAGGCGCCAUCGCGCGCAAAUGGACGAUCCCGUGGACGAUGAGCUGCGCCGCGCCAUGGAGAUGAGCAUGUCGAGCUCGAGCCAUCCAUCGCGCACGAGCAGCAGCUCCGGUCACCGUGCGCAAGCUGCGUCUUCCUCGUCUGGUCCUUCGUCGUCGUCCGCGGCGAAUCGGCCGCUUGGACGUCGCAAGCGUCGUGCGCAAGAGCGCCAAUCGGGUCUGACGCAGGACGAAGCGAUCGACCUGGACGAUUCGCGCGAAGAACGAGGCUCGAGCGACUACGAGGAGCUGGCGCCGGCGUCGCUGUCGCACCGCUCGCCGUUCCUGAGUCCGGCCAUGGUGGCGGCGAACCGCAACAACGAGGACGUGGAGGAGAUCAUGGACGACGACGAGAACAUCCCGAGCGACGACGAGCACGUGGAUCCGUUCAGCGUGCCUGGCGCGCCCGAGGCGAGUGCGCUCAUCGGCCCGCGCCGCGACCGGCACUACGACGACGAGGACGCCGAGCUGCAGGCGGCGCUCGCGGCGAGUCUGGGCGACACGGAGGCGGCGGCACGAUUCGCAACGGCCAAUCCGGACUACCGCCAUCCGCUGCGCGAAGAAGAGACGCAGGCAGUGCCGGAGGAUGUGGACCGCAUCUCCAGGAUGCGCGAAGAGGCGCGCAGGAAGGCGCGCGAGGACGAGGAGAGGCAGCAGAGGCUCGCGCGCGACGAGGUGGAUGACGAGUCGGAGGCACAGGCUUCAAGCAGCAGGAAGGAAGCAGCGAAAGCAGCGGAGGACGAGGAUGACGAGGCGUCCGAGGCCGAGGAGGUGAGUGCAGAGGAGAUGCGUCGGCGCCGCCUGGCGCGCUUUGGAUAG